AUGAUGGAUGAGUCGCCCCCCAUUCACACCGCGGGUGAUGAUUCUCUUCCCCCGCCGCGGGCCAAACGCCCUCGCGCUGCACAAGCAUGCGACCGCUGCAGGGCCAAGAAGUACAAGUGCGACGAGCAGUAUCCCUGCGCGCACUGUAAAAAAAGCCAACUCAAUUGCGUCUAUCAGGGGAAUUACCGUCAACGCGAAAGCAGCAGGUCUGCACGAUACGUCGCUGAUCUAGAGCGCAAAGUAGACGAGCUGACGGCUCGACUAAGGUUGGCAGAGGCGGACGUUACGUCCCAGCAUUCCUCGCGGUCCCAGAAGGUAGUAGUACAACCAAGCUCGGGACCCAAGCAAGCUCCUCCUCCCCCAGUGGGCGUUGAGGCGACUCCAUUGUCACUUCCUCGCGCUGCAUCCACGCCGAGAGAAGAUGCGCCUUUCAUUUACGAACACCAUGACGAAGCUGGGGAGUCGGUGGGGGAUGAAAUCAGCGAACUAAAUCACCACACCAACGGUAUCGAAUUUCACGGCAGCACUUCUUCAACGGCUCUCCUCGGUCAUCUCCAAAAGGCACGGGAGCCGCAACGCUCCUUGGAGCGUCGGGAUGCACGUCUCGAGGACCCGGGAUAUUCGAUUGUCUCGACGCUGCACAACUCGAGCUUUUCACCCUCGGGUACCGGCUCCGCCCAGCCCUUGACCUUACGGGAACAGAACUAUUACUUUGAGCAGGCUCAUGCAUUCAUCAACGGCUAUUUUGAGAAUAUCCAUUUCAUUCAUCCUCUUAUUGAUAAGGAGGACUUUUUGCUUCGGGCGCACAGUCUCUGGUUCAAUCGUGGCGUUCAGCCAGAGCCGAGUUUUGUUGCCUUGUAUCUGAGUAUCCUGUCGUUCGGGGCCCUGGUCCGGGUCUGGGAUGAGGACAGGCUGGGUGGACUGACCCGGUUUGAAUGGAGUAGGAAGUUGUUUGGGGAAGCUCAGAUGUACCUCAACUACCUGCAGUUCUCGAAUACUCUGGAUACGGUGCAAUGUCUAUACCUUAUGGCUAAAAUCUGUCAGAACGAGCUGAAUCCGAACUUGGCGUACAUGUACCUGGGUCUGGCUAUCCGCACAUGUCUAGCUGCUGGGUUCAAUCGUGAGGUGCGCAGUUCGACAGAGCAACGCUCGGAGUGGAUUUCAAAGACGUGGUGGGGACUGUUCUCUUUGGAGAUUGAAAUGAGCUUUUCUGUAGGCCGUCCGGAUACUCUAGGCAUGGAUGAGUACCACAACCGAGCCCUACCUGAGAGAGACGACUCUGAGUACGCUGUUAUCCCAUGGAUGGUGGAUUUUGCAUACAUCAUCCGCAAGGUGUCUGUGCAGAUAUACCAUUCGCGUAUUACGUUACAAGAGAAGCUGCAUCUCGCACUCCAAAUUGAAAAUGAGCUAGAUCGAUGGAUGGCGAGACUGCCGGACAGGAUCAAACCAGACAUUGUUCAACGAGCAACAGGAGGGGCGUUGAGAGAUCCGAAAUGGGCACGAAGGCAACGCUUAGUGCUCGGUAUUCGCUACUACAACGUGAAGAUGCUCCUGUUCCGACCAUUCCUCAGCUACUUCACACGCAAAUUACGACAUACCCCUAUGGAACUAGAAGAAACGAUCGCCAAAUGUCUCGACGCAGCAAUGAAAACCAUUCAAGUCAUUUACGAUAUUUACCGAAUUCACACUUUUUUCCGCUGCUGGUGGUACAACACUACAUAUGUCAUGUUCGCCACGUCCACCCUCCUCCUCCCCAUGUCCAAACUAGGCAUGUGCGCCGAAACCAUCCCGCUCCGCCGCUCCGUCGAAAUGGCCGUCGAGAUCCUCGAAGCAAUGGACGAAUCCGUGGUGGCGCGUAAAUCUGUCGAGAUUAUCAAACACUAUUUGCGAGAAUUCCGGCCCAUCGAUGUUCAAUCCGCUACCACACCAUCCAGUAGCAACGAUGGAACCAAACUUGCCGACUUUACUACUGACCCAGGAGCUGCUGCUGCAGCAUCUGCUUCGGCUACUGCCCAGACAGGGUUUGAUAUUCCGGAAUGGGCAUAUGGCUUCGGCUUCCCGGAUUGUUCCUUUGAAGGCAUCGCUAGACUGUUCGAUGAUUUGGGAGGGUUGCCGAUGUUGGAUGGGUGA